UUCCCUUCUCUCUCGGACUCUCUCUCCUCCCUUCUCUUCCUUCUCUGGCGGCGACGACUGGCCGAGCGGCGACGACUGGGCGAAUGGCGGCGCCAUUCGUCCUGUCUUCGCCCAGCCCUUUGCGGGCGACGAGCGCAUCCUCCAGUGUUACUCUCUCUGGCGGUCCCUUGAGUGGAAUUCUUGAACGUUUGAUUAAACUGUGAAUUGUUACGGAUUACCUGAUGCAAACACUUACUUCUUCAGGCUAAGAGAAAUGGAGAGUUCCAGAUCUGGUUCUUGUGUCUGCGCCUUGUGAUUUGGUGUGCUCUGUUGAACAGUCAACCUUCUCUGGAUUGGAAAUUGUGGCUGCAAUACCCAAUGGAUGUUAAAGGUCUUCAGGGAGACAAGGCAGAGGGUAGGCUCUAUGUUGGGAAUCUGGACUUCAGGAUAUCAGAGUCCGACGUUAUCAAGAUGUUUUCUCCGUUUGGAAAGAUUACAGCUGAGGAUUUCUUGUGGCACACACGGGGCCCAAAGCGAGGCGAACCCCGGGGCUAUGCUUUUGUUCAAUACACUACUAAAGAGGAAGCUCAGUUAGCAAAGGAAAAGAUGAAUGGAAAGUUAGUCUGUGGACGUCCAAUGGUGGUUCACCUGGCUAGUGAAAAAAGCUCUCUGGACUCUAAGGAUUCGCAUAGAGCACUCAAAGACAAGAAAGUGACAGGUGGUUCAGCAAUCAGAUCAGCACAAACUGAUCGCGCUGCAAAGAUAGCUGCCAUAAAAAACAAGUUAAAAUCCCUGGAGGAAGAAGGAUGCAGCACAAAAAGACCAAGACUCACACCAAAUGACUUGACAGGCACCAGCGAACACUCUCAUAAGAAGUUUUGAAUUGAAUUUUUUAGCUCUUCAGAAUGAUGGAAGCUUCUGCACUCUCGCCCUUGUGAAACUUCUAUGGCUGCUGCCAUUCUAUAUAAGUUUAGCUUUAGGAAGUGAGGCAGAUCACAUGUGUAACAUUUCACUCUCUAUAUGUGUACAACAGUUUGUAUCAAUUACCUCAUUUUUAUAUGGGAAUCAGUGUGGAAUUAUAUGGUGUUGGCA